GCUGGAGCGCAUCGGUGCAAUUAUAGCGGACUGCAGUCUUCAACUCCUGACCUCAUGCAAUCAUCCCGCCUCAGCUUCCUGACUAAAGGUGCACAUGGGACUACAGGUGUGUACUAACAUGCCCAGCGUUCUUUUUUUUUUUUUUUUUUUCUAGAGAUGUGGUCUCGCUUUGUUGCCCACACUGGUCUCCAACACUUGGCCUCAAGGGAUCCUCCCACCUUGGCUUCCCAAAGUGCGGAGAUUACAGUGUCAUUUUCUUUCUCUCUCUGCAUUAAUCAAGAAAGAGAGAACCCUCCAGGGGACAAGAUGAAGGGGAAAGAGAUGAUGUGUCAAGAAAUCCUUGCUUUAUGAGGGGGAAAAAUGUUCCCCAUGAAGUUCAACAAAACAGUGCAGGUAAAGCAGUUCGCUGGUGCUUGGCACACGGCAGACACUCACAGCUGCCUGAGGCAUUGGAGCGCUGGAUCAUGCUGGAGCCAGAGGCACCUGCACAGCCUCCUGGGCUGGCUGCUGCAGGGUGUGGCUGCCUGAGAGUGCUUUCCUGAGUUGGCCUAAGUUAGGUCACUUUCCUGAGAGCUGUGGCACAGUUGGUAACGUGCCAUAGCACUCAGGAAAGUGACCUAACUUAGAUUUUUCUGCAUGGACAUAGAAUUGCCAAAAAAGUCUCAUUUGCAUGGAGAUAGGGAGUUUAUUUUCCUAGAAGCUACAUGUCAAGACCCAGAAGAAAGAGGCAUUUCAUAAUAAGGAUUAAUCAGCUAUAUCCUAAAGAAGAAAGAAAACAAUUAAGGAAAUAAGAUACUGAGAAAACAAGGGGAAAAACAAUCUCCCCAAGGUGGAUCCGCCCAGCAAACCUUGACAGCAUUUCCUCUUAUCCACCUGAAUAAAACUGACCAGCCCUUUCCAAAUGGCAGAGAACACUGAGAGGAGAACAGAGGAGCAGCCUGCAAACACCAAGCGAGAGGCAUGAAGUUACAGUGUGUUUCCCUUUGGCUCCUGGGUACAAUGCUGAUCUUGUGCUUCGUGGACAGCCGUAGUCUCAGGAAAUGUCUGAUUUCCACAGACAUGCACCAUGUAGAAGAGAGUUUCCAAGAAAUCAAAAGAGCCAUCCAAGCUAAGGACAUCUUCCCAAAUGUCACUAUCCUGUCCACAUUGGAGACUCUGCAGAGCAUUAAGCCCUUAGAUGUGUGCUGCGUGACCAAGAAUCUCCUGGCAUUCUAUGUGGACAGGGUGUUCAAGGAUCAUCAAGAGCCACACCCCCAAAUCUUGAGAAAAAUCAGCAGCAUUGCCAACUCUUUCCUCUACAUGCAGAAAACCUUGCGGCAAUGUCAGGAACAGAGGCAGUGUCACUGCAGGCAGGAAGCCACAAAUGUCACCAGAGUCAUCCAUGACAACUAUGAUCAGCUGGAGGCCCGCUCUGCUGCCAUUAAGUCUCUGGGAGAGCUCGAUGUCUUUCUAGCCUGGAUUGAUAAGAAUCAUGAAGUAACAUCCUCAGCUUGA